UCUUCAAGUUUUCAAAAAUAUGCAGAACAUAGUGACUAUUUUUGUGUAGCUUUAAUGAGGACGCAAGUAGGCAAGAUAAGCUGGUUCGUUCGACGUCAUUCCAAACCACAGGUAGGUUUCGUUAUCGAUUAAACCUACAGCGCAAAAUGAAUAACAGGAUAACCGCACAUGGAUCUGCGCACAAUGAAUGCCUAAAUAAAGGAUCGAGUAUCGAAAACUAAAAACCAUAUUAGCCGAUGUUCACGUUACUUACACUAUGAAAGUAUGGUUGUAUGCGUUAUUGACGUCACACAAUCGAAUCCCUAUAUUAAUAAGCUGUGCGUUAGUACCAUGCAUUCACUGCUCAGUGUUGACCAUAAGCAUACUGCAAAAUGUUGUUAAACAGGAUUCUGUUGAUUUUAUUAUUAGCUAUUUAUAGUACCCCACGUAUUGGAGCAAUACCAACUGAAUCUAGUAGAAGUAGAGAGACGAAUCAACUGGAUCUCACAUCGGUAGCACUGCAGAUAGAUUCUAAAUUAAACUAUGUGCUGUGUGGAGAACAUGCAGUUCUCAACAGAACAAUGCGAGCUCCUGAAGUUCGCUGUUAUGAUGACAUGCCACCGUUUAAAUACAAGAAUUUUCUACCGGAGUGCGCAUGUAUCGAUGGUUACAUGAGGAAUUCAGCGAACAUUUGCAUCAAAGCGGCAGAUUGCGGUCCCUAUAUCAGUGGAUUCAAUUUUGCAGCAUCAGAAGAUGAGGACCCGGCCUAUGUAGACUUUUUUUUGGUCAUUAAUAAUUUUUCACAUAUUUUUUCUGCUUGUCGCAACUAUUAUUUAUGGUAUAGCAAAGCUCUUUUGUCUUGAAAAGAAAAUAUAUGAUGAAAAAUAAUAAAU